GCAGAUAGCACGCGCGCCAUUCACGCAAACAUCAACUUUUAUCCGCUCCGUUAAUCACAUUUUACGAACGUCAUAAACAAUUUAUUACAUAAAUAUGUUUUAAGGCUAUACCGAAUUUAUUGCCUAUUCUAUAAUUACCAGUACAAAGGAAGUGUUGUUUUUAAAAUUUGUUAUAAGAAUUAACUUGUGCGUUUAUUGCGUAAAUUUUCUAUUGAGUGGUUAAAUUUAAUAUGUUUUUUAGGAUUUGUUUUACAUUUAUAUUUCGCAUAAUAAACCGUGUUUAUACAAGGCAGUUAUUAUGAAUAUGUGGCUAACAAUUUUAAAGUUUAUUUGGAUCCUUACACCUUUCAUUUUAAAAGGUGCAUUUUCUUGCGAUGAAGAGUACCAGCUGGUCCGGCAUCUAAUGGACAAAUAUGACCCUUCAGUGAGACCCGUAGAAAAUUCAUCGCACCCUUUAUUGGUGACUUUUGGAGUGUCCUUACACCACAUCAUUGAUGUUGAAGAAAAAGACCAACUUCUAACAACGAACUGCUGGAUAACACAAAUAUGGACUGACCACCACUUGAGAUGGAACACCAGCGAUUUUGACGGAAUCAGUGUUAUAAGAAUACCGUACGAAAGAGUUUGGAAACCAGAUAUAAUAUUAUAUAAUAACGCUGAUCCAAACUAUAGAUCGGCAGUGAUCAACACCAAUGUGAUUGUGAAAAACACGGGCGAAGUCACGUGGCUCAGCCAUGGCAUCUACGUCUCCGUUUGCGAUAUAAAUGUUGAACAGUUCCCCUUUGACGUUCAGCUGUGCACCAUGAAGUGGGCGUCGUGGACUUAUGAUGGAUUUCAGUUGGACAUUCAGAAACAAUUCGACGAAGGUGAUACAACAAACUACCAGACUAACGGCGAGUUCGACCUAGUGAGCUUCGAGGCUAUCAAACACAAUCAGUACUACUCGUGUUGCGUGGAGCCGUAUCCCGAUAUCACUUAUGCAAUAAAGCUUCGUAGACGGCCCAUGUUCUACGUAUUCAAUCUGAUUCUGCCAUGCCUUCUUAUUAACGGAAUAGCUCUAUUAGUCUUCUACGUGCCGUCGGAAUCUGGUGAGAAGGUAACCCUUGGUAUCAGUGCUCUGCUAUCAAUGACAGUAUUUCUUAUGACAAUCCGGGAUACUCUACCACCCACAGAAAAAACCCCUUUAAUCAGAGUGAGAGGGCAGCCAGUGCCGGCGCUGAUUCGCGAGCUGGUGCUGCAGAGGCUGGCUCGUAUGCUCUGCAUCAAUUUUGAUACUGACGCUACUAAGUCGGACAGUACCCUGGUGACGAGCGGUGGAGUCCAGGUCAAUCCGCGGACCGGUUCCCGGCUGAAAGCGGAGAUCAACUGCGAUGGUACAGCACCUCCUUCCUCGCCGCGAUUUUCACGCCACAAUCACAAUCACUUGAAUUGUGGAAACCCCAUCUCAGGGUCGGUCCCCAGCGGACCGGUUGAGGCUGUUGGGUGUGUUGGAGCUUGCCCCAGGUGUGUGUGCUGUGGGUGCACCCUGCGCGAAGCUGCCACGAGACAUGAACAGCGAGUAGCAGCUAGUGAGCGGUUGGAUCGAGCCAAUCUUGAGUGGAAGCAGGUGGCCGUAGUAGCCGACCGCGCUCUGCUUGCGGUAUUCGUUUUGGUCACUACUCUCGCUACCGGAGCCAUUCUUCUACCCCAACUCAAGAACCUACACGUUGGAAACACACCCUUAAAGCCACCAGCUUAAGGACCAUAAUUGUUUAUGUAUACACACAACAGAUGUUUCAGUUUUCCAUAUUAAACGUAAAUUAAAAUUUGUGCCAAGGAUGUGCCAACAGUUUACAGCUAUUUAAUUAGGUUAAAUGUGUAGAUAGAUCGUAGUUUUAAUGUAGUGUCUGAUAAGUAACGAGUCAAUUUGGAAGAUCUAUUUGUACAAAAUAUAAAAAUGUGUUUUUCUCUCAGCUUGUUUUUUGUAAUGAUUAUUUUAUAGUUAUAGUUUAAGGGCGUAUCUAUUAAUUUAGAACAAAAAUUAUUAUGUUUUCAUUACUUAUUUAAACAACAGGCAUACAAUACCUAAAUAAAAAUUCGAAAUGAUAUUUCAAUAGAUUGUAAUAAUUUAUAUUUUCAGAUAUCGAUUUAUUCCAUUACAUGUAGUUUUAAACUGUGAUUCUUUUUUACAUACAAAUGUUGACCAAAAAUUCUUUGUUUUUACUUAUACAGAUAAAAUGGCUAUAGAUAAAUUAAGAUUAAUAAAUAUAAACAUAGCGUAAUAAAUCGAAAAUUUCGUUAUAAAGCUCAAGCUAAAUAAUUUAGAUGUAAAUAUUGUUUGUUAUUACUUACGAGUAUUCA